UUCCUUUUCCUUCUUGAAUUUUAUAUUCUAUUUUAUUAUUAAAAAUUAAUUAUUAGUUUGUUCUUAUUAAGUAUUUAUAUUUUUUAAAUGUUUAUUAAAUAUUAACUUUGUACAGAACAGUAAAAACAAAGUUAAACAGUUUGUUUAAAACGCUAACUUAGUUUCUCUGUCUACAGUUUUACACCAUACCAGCACUAUUACGGUGCUUUUCCACUAGAGAUCAAUACCGCUCAAUAAGUACAUACAUCCUUUUUUCGGCAGGUAAAUAAAACUGCCUAGCAACAACAAAACUGUUUGAUCAAUUUAUUGUCAGUGUGUUUGUUUUGUUGGCAAAUAUUAAUUUUAAACUAAUUACAGUUGAUUAAUUAACUUAGUUAAAGCAUCAAAAUGGUUGAAUUUACAUCAUCUCAAUUGGAAAAGCUUGCAGAGCUUUUAAGGCCUCCAGAACCAGACGUAUUGCAAGGAGAAGAUCUGCCUGCCACAGCCUAUGAAAUAACAUCAUCAAGAGACAAAGUUAAGCAAAUUGAUGCAAAGCAAACUCCAAAAACAAUUGAAGAGUAUGAAGCGCAAGAAGCCGAGGAAGCUGAACAAUUAGGCUGCGUUGGCGCUGGUAUUGCAGACAGAAAAGUACCAGCGUAUACAAUGAACUAUCAGCAGUCUGUGACAGCGGAGGAUGUUUUCCUUCAGAUUGGUCCUAAAACGACUUCAUCAGCGAGUUGUGAAAACUUAAUCGUAAGAAUUAAGAUGCCGGGCGAUAAAAAGGAAAAUAUCGAUCUCUCAGUGGAUACAACCUCUGUUACUGUGAGUUCUUCGCAGUACCACCUAAGGCUGCCUCUACCCCACGGCAUCAACCCAGAUAUCUCUAAAGCAAACUGGGAUACUUCGGAAGAAACUUUAGUCUUAACUCUUAAACUCGACAGGGAAUUUGAUUUUGUUAAUUUUUAGGUAAUUGGAACACUGGUACAUAACCUAAAUGGACGAAUAAAUGUAUU